AUGUUCAAUACUUCUCACAUCACAUUCAUAACAAGGAAGUUUCUACUACCUUGCUAACAUUUUUAUCAUCGAGUAUAAAUUUAAUUAUUCGCAGAAGAAAAAAAAAUCUCACAACGAUGGUCUGCGUCCCGUGCUUUAUCAUUCCGGUUUUGCUGUUCCUGUGGCAUCGGUUCGUGCAACCGUACGUGCUUCGGUUCUGGAAUCCAUGGGAGAAAAAAGACAAGGACGGUAACGUGAUCAAGGACGGCAGCGAAUUUCCGUUCCAGUGCAAAGGUGGUGUAUGUCCGUUUCCAGUCAAGGACAAAAGCCAACAACAGGAAAUAACUAACGGAUCAGCUGCUAAUGGAACGGAAUCGGCGGCGGUGACGGCCGCUGGAGGCGAACCCGAAACCAAAAAGAGUCAGUAGUAAAUAUCGAAACUGUUGCUGGAAGAUAGAUAAUUAAUGGAAAGGCUGUAUCAGGGGAAAUAAUUUUAUUACUUGAUGGUGAAAAUGAUAUGUUUCGAGGAAACAUUUUUUGAUUAUAAUGUGAAUGGUCGAUACAAGUAAAAA